AUGUUCAAUCUCACUGGUCAUUCGAGAGAUGCAGAUGAAAACAACUCUGAGCAACUCCUGUGCCCCAGAGCCACUCUGCUGCAGGCGCCCUGCCCUGCGGCAUGGCCAAGCCCCCCCCCGCCCCCACCAGGACCCCAGCGAGGUGCCCAGAACGCAGCAGUGCUGGAAGCUUGUCGAGAACCUCGAGGCCACUAUUCAGCAGUUCCAGUGCCACCCCAGGCAAGAAAUACCAUUUCAGAUGAUCUAAAAGUUGGCUUUUUCCUUACAGACCAUGCUACACAAACAUAUGCCAGUGAAAUUUUGCUUCUGAAAGAGCUAAGUUCAUCUACACAAAAGUUAGUGCAGGUUGUUACAUCCCUUCAGGUGGAUUUUAGGUUCCUUAAAGAAUUGGUUCAAUUGAAGUUUGAGGAACGACUUAAAGAGGAGUCUUCUAAUAUCUCCAUCGCUCUGUAUGACAGGAUCCUAGAGAUGGAAAAACAUCAACAGAAUGAGGAGAACAUGAGAAAAUGCUUUCAGCAGCAGUUAGCUGAUGCCAUUGCUGUCAUCAAAGGGAUGUACCAGCAAUUCUUUGAUGUAGCGGAAGAGGAAACUGCUUUGAAUGAUGCAGAAAAUGUCAGAUUAAGUGUUUUGUCAAGAAAACUGAGAGAGAAGGAAGAAAUUAUUAAGGAAUUAAGAGAAGAACUGUAUCAGUGUGAAGGAUUUCAAAAACUUGACUUUUUGGCGAGACCAGCUCUUCCAAAUCAACCUUAGAAAGGGAGAUUGGGAGUACAAAACAGAAAAUGAGAGACUGCUCAAAGUUGUUGAAGAACUUGAAGAAGAAGUCAAACUCAAUAUAAAAGAAAAUUCAGCAUUAGAAGAUGAACUUAAAAGUCUGAAAGAGAUUUCAGAACAGAAUCAGAGAACCAUUCACAAGUUAAUGGAUAGUAGAGAAGAUUAUGAUAUGAGCUUGAUUGUGAAAAAGUAUUAGUUCAAGAUAUGAUCAAUAAGUACAAAGAGGACUCAGACAUAUAUGCCAGGAACCUGAAAUCAUCCAAGAAGAGGGAACCCUCUUUAUCUCUGUGGCAGUCACAGCCCAGGAGCAUGACAUAUCCAAGGGCAACUUCUGGUUCCAUGGGUACACAGCCUGUCAGAGCGAAGAAAUCUAAACUUUCAUUGAAGAAAAUUCCAAGGCCAGAGCAGGCAGUGGACAUUUCAGAUCUCUCUCACGUUGGCUCCAAGACCAGGCUUAAGACCCGCAACGUUGACAGAGACAAGGCCACCAAGAGUGACAAUAAAACAAAAGACCUUUUGGAUGAAGGAACCAACUUGAGGAAGAAGGUUAAAUCUAAAACAGCUGUGGUGCAUGCAGAAGGGACAGUGGAAGUAUCAUUCUCUAAGGAUGAAGACGAAGCUUUGAAGACAAAAAUAGAAACAUUAAAGGCUGAUUUAGAGAAUGUGAAAAAGAAAUGUGAUUUAGAAAGGAAUCAGAACAAAUAAGCAAAAACUGGGAGAAGAGAUUCUUUAUUCUCAGAAACAGCUUUCAUGCCCUUAAGAAUGAGAUGUUCACCAGGCACACACUGUUUUGUCAGUUUGCAAUACCCGCUGAUACGUCCUUCAAUUAUGUUAAAGCAAAACCCUUAUAUGUGCAGUCCACAGUGAACUUGAUGGAUACCGCAUCUUCUUCAAGUAAUCAUUUCCCUUCACUAGACAAGAAGUACGUGGACGCAAUGAAUGAUCAGCCAUUUUCCUCAAAAGCCUUUAUGCAGCCUUUGAAGAAGUCAUCCAUACUGCAGAGCAGCCCCAGGCAAGAUGCGAACCCACCCAAUUAACCAGGCAGGAAAUUGGGCAGAGCAGAGGCCAGAAAAGGGCCUGUCUUCAUCUUGGCCCCAGAACAGUCUGCCUCCCUGGCCAAGGAACUUCUGUCUCCAAGCCAUUUCCAGACUGACUAUUCCAUUUCUCUGUAUUACACACACUAUUGGAGCACUGAACUUUAGAACUCAGCGUGCGCCCUUUCGGGCACAGCUUUCCAAGCCUUGAGGAAACACUUGCAGUGCUGUGUGAUGGUUGAGCUGGACUGGCUGAGCACACAGACCCUGAGGGGUGGUCAGAUCCACUCUGUGCUUCCAGGCUCAGGGCUGUGCGGAGUGCCUAAAGGUGCAAAAGAUUGGACUUCCAUUAAAAAGUUCAAGGCAUUUAACGCAAAAAAAAAAAGAAA